AUGGCAUCUACCAUCGAAUCAAUCAAGUUUUUUUCUCUCCUAACUGGAGUUUGCAAUUGUUUUUUUUUUUUAUAGAAAUUCAGAAGAUUCGUUCCAACAGAUGCUGACCACUUUUAACCUCAAAAACAGUGUAAGUACUCAAACUUGCCUUCAUUGCUGAUUUUUAGGGUUCUAAGAAGAAAAUCUCAUUUCUUGUCAAAUUGCUGUGUUCCGUUGAAUAGUGUGUGUCUCAACUUUGAAAUUUUGUUUCUUUUUCAGUAAGGUCCAAAGAACUCUAGAAGUAUCUGGUGGCUAAAAUAAAAAGAAUAGUCGAAGUCUAUCUUCGGUUUCCAGAGCAAUGUUAACUACGAUUACGUCGACUUCAAACUGAAAAAAGUUCGCGAAUGGAUGAUGGACGUCUUGUUUGAGAACGAGGGCGAGCACUCUUUCGACGAACUCCGCCAGAAUCUCUACGUCUUGGUUGGAAAUAGGGUCUUUCGGCUGCUGAUGAGUUGCAGGGCAUGAGUGGCCACGUUGCAACUGUACGGGACGACUUGCAAAACUAUUUGUCCCUCUGUCUGCAGGAAGAGGUUGGCAUUGAGCAGGAGCAUCUCGCUGUUACACGUUUCAGUUGAAACGGGAUAGGGAGACGUGGGAUUUCUGUCCAUUAGACGCUUUCACGAACAUGUGGGCAGUUCACAGAGUUAAACUGGUAGGACGGACUUAUUCGGUACGAAUUACCAUUCUUUUCCAGAAAAAAAUCCUUACUAUUUGUGAACAAACCGACCAGCAUUUCUGUAACCUCACCAACGCGGAGUCGAUCAACGUCCUUUAUAAAAAACGAUUAAGGUUUUCUAUGACGAAGUAUUCCGGUCAUUCUAAGAUUUUCAGAAAGUUUCUUCUCGAAAACAAUCUUGUCUUGUUCAUACGAAAUGUGAUGAUUGACGUUUACACUUUGCUCCGUAAAAACCCUGACCAGAAAAAGUUUUUUCAUACUCGUAUUGUUAGACAAAAAUACGUUCUGAUAUGCUGGUCUGGAAAUAAUAUCCAGUUUUUAUACUCAGAAAUUUUGAAUGAUGCUGAAAAAAUGUUGAGGGGUGUUCUUUCAAAUUUCAGAAUUAAUUUACUCAAAAGAUCUACUCGAACAAUUGUUGAAAUUGGCAACGGCGAUCAUCAAUUUUUUUCACAGAAGUUUUCGAAAAACGCCUUUCUUGAAGUUUGUAAAAACAUGUUCUCAGAUUUAUAUAAUUCUUCACAGAAGAUGCAAACGUUGAUUGGAAAAAUGAUUGGCGAGGUUUCCAAUUCUGGAAAAGGAACAUGUAAGACGUUGAAGAUGGUGAUAGUUGAACAUGAAUUAUGACUAAUCAGAACAUUUUGAGAUCCAAGAGAAAAUGUUUAAUGAAGGUAAACUUGUUUCGGAAGCUUUUGGGAAAGAGACCGCCGAAAGAAUGGCAAAAGUUUAAGAUAAGAAAUUUCAAACUAAAAUUAUAUAAUUUCAGGUAUACGCCAAAAAUAAUCAAUGA